AUGGUUUCCCCUUCUCUUCUGCUGGGCCUGUGCGCUGCUGCGCUAGCCAGCACGACAGACGCUGCUCUGACCACGCGCCAGUACCAGUCCUUAACAUCCAGUUCAACUGGCACAGACGGCGGCUACUAUUACUCGUUCUAUACAAACAGUGACUCAGUCACCUAUACGAAUCUUGGUGGUGGAGACUACAACGUAACAUGGGAUGGAAGUGGGAGCUUUGACUUUGUUGCCGGGAAAGGAUGGAAUCCAGGAUCUGAGAGAACUGUCACUUACACUGCCAACUAUCAGCCUGAUGGUUCAGGCUACUUUGCCCUGUAUGGAUGGUUUACGGAUCCAUUGGUAGAAUACUACAUUGUCGAGUCGUGGGAUGGAUAUGACCCGAUCAACAGCGGAAAACAUCUGGGAACAGUUGAAAGUGAUCAUGGAACGUAUGAUAUCGUCAAAAGCCGUCGCGAUAACGAUCCGUCAAUUGUUGGGACAGCGACUUUCGACCAGUAUUGGUCGGUGCGACGAACCAAGAGAACCAAUGGCACGAUUACUACAAAGAACCACUUCGAUGCAUGGAAGAAUGCCAAUCUGACGCUGGGCACGUUUAAUUAUCAGAUCCUGGCAACCGAAUCGUGGGACGGCAGUGGCGAGGCGUCGGUGUCGAUUCACUAG